CUGUCGGGAAACGAAACUUAACAUUCCUACAAACCAAAACCAACCGACGUGGAAGCAGUUCUCACUUUCAGGAGAAAAAUAAAACGCAAUUUGGAACAAAUUGUCUGACAGACAGAAACCACAACAAGGUGAGUAAAGCAGCACAAGAUAUGGAAUUGAUGGAAUUAGAAAUAUAAAACUGCUCAAUACAUAAACCUUAUCGUCUAUGUCUAGGAAUGGCCUCUGCUAACACUUCCUGGUCUGAGGAGGACUUUUCAUGUUCCAUCUGUCUGGAUGUGUUCAGCAGCCCGGUUACCACAACAUGUGGACACAACUUCUGCAGAACCUGUAUUACAAAGUUCUGGGAUGAACAAGUCAAGUACAAAUGUCCUAUUUGCAACCAGAUUUUCGACACAAAACCUGAUCCACAGGUCAAUAGCCUCUUAUCACAUCUGGCUGCUCAGUUUAGAACAACCGUACGAGUUAAAGAGCAGCCUUGUGUUGAACCAGCAGAAGUUCCCUGUGACUUCUAUAAUGGGACCCAGCAGAAGGCCGUGAAGUCCUGCAUAGAGUGUUUUAUGUCUUUCUGCCAAACCCACCUGGAGCCACAUCAGAGAGUCGCAGUCCUGAAGAAACAUCGGCUGGUCGAGCCUAUGGACCGUCUGGAAGACAGGAUGUGUAAGAAACACAACCGACUUCUGGAGCUCUUCUGCCCGACUGAACAGGUGUGUGUGUGUCUGUUGUGCACAGAGACAGACCACAAGUCCCAUCCUGUUGUACCUCUGAAGGAGGAAUAUGAAGUGAAGACGGCCCAGCUGGGGAAGAAAGAGGCUGAAGUUCCGCAGAUGAUCCAGGAGAGAAAACAAAAGAUUAAGGAGAUCAAAGACAGAGUAGAACUGAGUAACAAAGAUGCAGACAGAGAGAUAGCUGAUGGUGGGCAGGUCUUCACUGCUCUGAUAGGCUGUGUUGAAAAGUGCCGGGAUGAAUUCAACCAAACGGUUCAAGAGAAACUGAAAUCCAUAGUGAAACAAGCUGAAGACCUCAUCAAAGAGCUGGAGCAGGAAAUAGAAGAUCUGACCAAUAGAUGCUCAGAGGUGAAGCAGCUCUCACACACAAAAGACCACCUCCACUUCCUCCAGACCUUCAGAUCCCUGAAGGAUCCUCCACCCACCUGGACGACAGUGGGGGUCCGUCCUCUGUCAUACGUAGGGACCUUGAGGAGAUCCCUGGAGCAGCUGGAGGAGACACUGAACAUGGAGAUGAAGAACCUGCAUGAUGAUGCUGAACUGAAGAGGGUCCAGCAGUAUGAAGUAGAUGUGACUCUGGAUCCUGAUACAGCUGCUUCCAGUCUCAUCCUGUCUGAGGAUGGGAAACAAGUACAUUGUGGAGGUGUGAGGAAGGUACUCCCAGACAACCCUAAGAGAUUUACCAAAUAUAUAUUUGUCCUCACCAGGCAGAGCUUCUCCUCAGGGAGAUUUUACUUUGAGGUCCAGGUUAAAGACAAGACUGCAUGGUGGUUAGGAGUGGUCAGAGAGUCCAUCGAUAGAAUAGGUGGGAGCAUGUGGACCCCUGAGAUGGGUUACUGGACUCUUCACUACAACAAGGAUGGGUUGGUGUUUAAAGAUAACCCUCCUGUCCGUCUCCCUCUGAGAGCUGGGCUCCAGAAGGUGGGGGUGCUUGUUGAUUAUGAUGAGGGUGUGGUCUCCUUCUAUGAUGUGGAAGCCAGGGUUCAUAUCUACUCUGCUACUGGCUGCACCUUCAGUGAGCCUCUCUAUCCAUUCCUCUGCCCAGGCCGCCAUGGUUAUAGAGGUAACAACUCUGCCCCCCUGAUCAUCUCACCUGUCAAUCAAACAGACUAGGACCUUUGUUUGAUAAUAAAACAAAGAAACAACCAAAACAACUAAUGUUGUUUACUGAAUUAGAAUCUCUACUAUGUGAGGUCUGAGAGAACUGCUUUAAUGUCGUACCGCUGACAUUUAACGAGGAGAUGUUCUUUAAGAACAUGAUCACAGUUGUUGAAUUCAACCCAUUAUGAAUGGUUAAAUUACACAUUAUAUUUUGUCUGUUUUGUUUCCAGAUCUUUUUACACAUUUAAUGCUAUAAAGUUGUUAACAGUUGCAGUUAUAUAGAACAUAAGAGGACUAACAUGUUAAGAGGACUAAUUUGUACAAAAUAAUAAUUGUAGUUUUUUAACAUUGCCAUCUGUUUUAAUUUCUGAAUAGUGAAUGACAAAAAAACACAAUGUCCUUACACGUUCAUUGAAUUUUUUUAAUGUGUAGGCCUAAAUACGUUAUCUAAAAUAGAUACAUUCCAGUCUAGUGUCCAGUAGAAUCACUGUCUCAGGGUAAUACAAAAAAUAAAUGUGUUUGUUGCCUCAAACCUUUAUUUUGAUAAUUUCGAGAUUGAUGGAACGUUUUAUAUCAAGAAUUUUAAAAGUUGGUAGUUGAUGAACCAGUAAAACCUAAUCUCACCAUACAACCCUUCAUGUAUUCAACACUUAAAGAAGGUCACAGUGACUACAUGUAGAGAUUCUCCCCAUGUGUGUGAGUACCGUGACUUUUUCUUGUCUUGUCACCUCUCCUCUCUUCUCCUCUCUACCUCCUCUCUCUUCUCUUCUUCCGCUCUCUUAUCUCUGCUCUCCGCUCUAGCUUAUAGGAUUGUGUUGUUCAUUAUUGUCUUUCAUUACGCAUUAAGUGUGUUCACAUGUCGAAAGUCACCCCAUAUAGAUGAAUCUAGAAUAGAUGUUGUACAACUGAACUCCCACUGGGUGAGUUCGGCUGUAGUGAAUCACUAUGGUGACGGUGACGCUCCCGCUCGUGCGGAGUCCUCCUCCCAUAACCACGCCCACUGACUGCCUGGACGACGCGAGGAGAGGGAGAGAGACCCCGAAGCUGUUGGCUCGAGAGCCGUGGACCUCGAUACCUAUGAGCGGCCAGCAGCAUGGGAAUGAACAACCCCAGCCAUCAUCACACGUUUGAAUAUGUGUGUCAACUUCUCCCUGAUGGUCUGAAUAAGUCGCAAAGUGUGUCGUUAGUCGCCUUUUAAAUAAAGUCGCAAAGAGAGUCAAUGAUACGUGAACAACUGUUAAUGAUCUGUAAUGUUUGAUAGGCCUACUAUUAUUUUACUCAUUCUGUUUAUUGUGCACUUGUACUUUUAUUCGUUGUUAAAGCAUAAUACUAAUAAACAACUCAGUCGAACCAA